AAAAGGAAAUAAUUAGCAUGUUAGAGAAGAAGUGCUGCUAUGAAACAUAUGAACAAGUUAAUGCCUCGUUCAGUCAUGCUGUGACUGUUGAACACCGACAAGAAUUGAACCUGCAAGACAUAAAGGACUCAUUCAGCGGCUCAAGAUGACACUCAUGACCUAUCUCAUGUUUGUCCUGCUUAUGCAUCAAAGCUUCUCAUCUUCCAGACCUCAGUGUCACAGCUGUGAACCAACAUCCUGUGACUGCUCCAGACAAAAUCUCAGCGACGUCCCUGCAGCCCCUUCAAAGCUCAUCACUGAACUCAAUCUAUCAUUCAACAUGUUAAAGACAAUACGUCACAGUGAUUUUGAUUCAUAUGCCAGUUUACAGUCUUUGAUCAUGAAUAACAACGAAAUCAAUGCAAUCCACGAGCAAGCAUUUGUCAAGCUGGCUACAUUGGAGAAACUGGACUUGUCCUUUAACAGAUUGGAGAUUUUGUCUGCUGGAUGGUUCAAGAACCUUUAUUCUCUGCAGCAUUUGAAUCUUUUAGGGAACACAUAUAAAAUGUUAGGUCAAGGCAAUCUCUUCGAGCCACUGAAGAGAUUAAAGAGCCUUUGUUUUGGAGGACCAAACUUUCUAUAUCUCAGAAAAAGUGACUUUUCCGGUCUCAGUCAUCUUGAAGAAGUAGUUUUUCAUGGACCCAACCUUCAGGAUUAUGGGGAAGGUAGCUUGAGACAAAUCGGGCCAAUUCAGUUCAUAACACUCAAUCUGAAUUUUCCGUUUCUGACAGAAUCAUCACUGGUAGAAACUAUUUUGUCGGAUGUCGUUCACGCAAACACAACCCUGACUUUCACCGACACGGGGUUCUUUACAACAGCUCAGCUCUUACCAUUUCAUGUGGUCUCAGAAAGUGGAACCAGAAGAAUCGUUUUUAAAAAUAUGACCAUGACAUUUGCAGCCGUUUUGGCACUUAUCGAUCAAUUGUCAGACUCAAAUAUAACUAUGUUUACGCUUGAAGAUAUAACGCUCUUCUUGAGUUUUGAAUUCUUUUUCAUAGAUCGACUUAACUUUGAACACUUGGAGGAGGUUGUUUUCAAAAAUAUCGACAUCCCUCAGUUUUACGGUUUUCCAGCCCCAAAUUUCCUGGAACCUCUGCUGAAGGUAGUGCGUCGGGUUUCUGUUGUAAACUGCGAUGUGUUUGCCAUACCUUGUGAGUCCUCUGUCCUUUUCUCGCAAACGGAGUAUUUGGACUUAAGCGAAAACUAUUUCACAGAUCUGGCUCUUAGCAAAUUGAUGUGUGACGGCCAAGGUGUUCUACAGAGUCUGCGAACCCUCAAUGUCAGCCGGAACCACCUGCUGGUAAUAAACAGCCGGAUCUUCAGCAAACUGGAAAAGCUUGAAAACAUCGACAUUAGUGGAAAUAAGUUUGACAGUACUCCUGAGUCCUGUUACUGGCCACCCAGUCUACAGUUUUUUAACCUUUCAUCAUCACGUUUAACUAAAGUGACCGCUUGUUUGCCGGUGAGUUUACGCAUUCUCGAUCUGUCACACAAUGCGUUGACAGUGUUCAACAUCGAGCUGCCUUUUCUCACAGACUUAUACAUCUCUGGAAACAAGCUAAGGAGUUUGCCAGAUGGGGGUUUCUAUCCUCAUCUCGCAGUGCUCUCCAUUCAAAACAACGACUUGCACACGCUCAGCAGAGAUAUUUUAAAUGGUUAUGAUAACCUCAAGAGUCUGGAGGCCAGUUCUGACACGUACGUCUGCUCAUGCGACUUUGUAGCUUUCAUGACAAGUGACCCGACAAACCAUCGGGUCACAAUCGUGGAUGAGUUCAAGUCGUACAUCUGCGACUCCCCAGACGCUGAGAGAGGACAGAGUGUUGGAGAUGUGAGGUUGUCUGUGUUUGAGUGUCAUACAGCUUUAGCUUUUUCUUUACUCUGCUUAGUAAUUGUUGCAGUGAUUCUUCUCAUUGCAGGUUUGUGUUUCAAAUUCAACAUUUUCUGGUAUUUAAAGAUGACCUGGACCUGGCUAAGAGCUAAGAGGAAGCCAAAGCUAAAGAAGGGACAGCUAGAGUUUGAUGCUUUUGUGUCCUACAGUGAAAUGGACUCUGGGUGGGUUGAUGCACACCUGAUCCCAGAGCUUGAGCAGGCUGAGCCUCAUCUCCGGCUCUGCCUUCACAAGAGAGACUUUAUUGCCGGAGGCUGGAUCCUGGACAACAUCAUGGACGCCAUAGAGAGGAGUCACAGAACACUGUUUGUCAUCUCUCAGCAUUUUGUAAUGAGCGAAUGGUGCAAGUACGAGCUAGAUUACACUCAUUUUAGACUGUUCGAUCAUAACGUGGACACAGUUGUACUGAUUCUGUUGGAGCCCAUAGACAAAAAUAGCAUCCCUAAAAAGUUCUGUAAGCUGCGGAGGGUCAUGAACUCCAGGACGUACCUGGAGUGGCCUGAUGAUGACGACCAGAUCCCUAGAUUCUGGCAGAGCCUGAGAACAGCUAUAAUGAGACCUGAGGCAGAUGAUAGGGUUAUAGACACUGUGGCCUAAUAUGGGGCGACUGUGGCUCAGUUGGUAGAGUCGAUCGUCUCUCAAGCGGAAGGUUGGGGGUUCGAUGCCCAGCUCCUGUAGAAACAUGUCCGAUGUGUCCUUUGGCAAGACAAUUAAGCCCAAAUUGCUCCCGCUGCUUAUUCAGUGGCAUAUUCAUGUGUAUUAAUGGGAUUAGUUACUUCUGAUGGUAGCAACCUCUGCCAUCAGUGUGUGAAUGGGUGGGUUUGACAUGCGGUGAAAAAAGCACUUUGAGUAGUCAGAAGAGAGAAGUGCUAAUCCGAAUUAGAAUCAGCCAGUGCAUUUGACUUCCUCAUGUAGAUGCUCCUAAAAUAAAUAAAAAUGCAGUCAGACAAUACAACUAGUAUUGCUCUUUUGCUCUUUCAUUGCAACUGUAUUAAGGGGUUAAUUGUCCACCAGCUUGUACAUGUGCCAGCUUAUUAUAGCAACAGAACUGGAUCUCGUGGGUAUCCAC